AUGCCACAAACAUUCACUUCUAUUGUCAAGAUCGGUGACUACAUUCUAAAAACUCCAGCCCUAGCUAAGGUUGUCGUUCCAAUCGCCCACCAAUUCAUCAACUUGUCCGGUUACAGAAAGAUGGGUUUGAGAUUCGAUGACUUGAUCGAAGAAGAAAAUGACAUUGCGCAAACUGCUUUGAGAAGAUUACCAGCUGAUGAAUCUUACGCUAGAAUUUACAGAAUCGUUAACGCUCACCAACUUGCUUUGACACACCACUUGUUGCCAAAGGAAAAGUACUUGAAGGCUGAAGAUGAUGUCCCAUACUUGACUCCAUACUUGUUGGAAGCUGAAGCUUUCGCCAAGGAAAAGGAGGAAUUGGACAACUUGGAAGUCGCCAAAUAA